AUGCUGGAUCCCCAUUACACUCUGCAACACCUACUGGCAGGAGGUGAAGUGGCUGGUGUUAUGUGGCAGUGGCACUUCCGCCCGCGGCCUGCACGUCCUGUCAUCCCGCGCUACGCACUUCCCCACGCGUGGGUCACAGUUUGCCCUUUCCAGCCUAUCUAUGGACCUGUCUGGAGUGUAAACAUCUGGACAGAGCGAAUAAAGCCGUCUGAUGUUUUUAGAAUAAUCCCAGCAAACACUUUGUUAACCAGAGGACUGUGUGUCUGGUUGCAAAUGGAAGCUGAUGGUUUGGUUCGCAGGAGGCGGAUGAGCGCGGAGCCACCCGGUGGAGAUGGCGCGGUUGCAGGAGCUUCCGCUGGCGCAGAAGUGCGCUGGCUGGGCGGCAGGAUCUGGGCUCUGUCCGAGGGCAUAAUGGGCACUCUGUCACCGCGAAUAGGAGGCGAGUCGGAAAUAAACACGGUGCAGCUGCAUGGGUCUCAGGAGGUGACCGAGAUAUCGGAACCGGACUACGAAGGUUUGCCUCAAGGAGCUUCAACCAGCACCUACAUGUUAGCAGGGGCCGUGGCGGGGAUCAUGGAGCACUGCCUCAUGUUCCCUAUCGACUGUGUGAAGACCCGCAUGCAGAGCUUGCAACCUGAUCCAGCUGCCCGCUACCGUAAUGUAAUGGAAGCUCUAUGGCGCAUCAUGAGGACUGAAGGCAUCUGGCGGCCAAUCAGAGGCUUGAAUGUUACAGCAGUCGGGGCAGGGCCCGCCCAUGCACUCUACUUUGCCUGCUACGAAAAGCUAAAAAAGACACUUGGUGAUGUCAUCUACCCAGGAGCCAACAGUCAUUUGGCGAACGGAACUGCAGGAUGCGUGGCCACACUGCUUCACGACGCCGCCAUGAACCCAGCUGAAGUUGUGAAGCAAAGGAUGCAGAUGUAUAACUCGCCAUAUCGGGGUGUGCUAGAGUGCCUGCGCUGUAUUUGGCGGCACGAAGGCGCCGGGGCGUUUUACCGAAGCUAUACCACACAGCUCACCAUGAACGUGCCCUUCCAGGCACUACAUUUCAUCACCUAUGAGUACCUCCAGGAGAUACUCAAUCCCCACAGACUGUACAACCCCUCAUCUCAUAUGAUUUCGGGAGCUCUUGCCGGGGCGGUGGCUGCUGCCGCCACCACGCCACUGGAUGUGUGUAAGACUCUUUUAAACACACAGGAGACGCUGACACUGCACUCAGUGAGCCCCGGCCGAGAACACAUCUCAGGCUUGGCCCAUGCCUUUAGGACAGUGUACAGGCUGGGUGGCCUGCCUGCAUAUUUCAAAGGUGUUCAGGCUCGAGUCAUCUACCAGAUGCCCUCUACAGCCAUCAGCUGGUCUGUUUACGAAUUCUUCAAGUACAUCAUCACCAAGCAUCAACUGGAGCGUCUGCGGAUGCAGAGGGACGGAGAGAAGUAGAAGUUCAUUGUCUAACCCUGCCCUUGAUCAGCAACUCCCCUGGCCUUGACUUUCUUUCUCUCUCAGUCUCUCCUGUUUGCUGCACCACCAAUGAGACAUGCAUGCUGCAGAGAGACUGAGGGAAGUAGCCGCUCAUACGCACACACGCCUGGCCUGUCCUUGCUCAGAAGAUCCCCCUGGACUCCCCUCCUUCUGUCUUUUUUUUUUUUUUUUCUUUCGCAAAAGCUACACUACCAGCCGGGACUCCAUAAUGCACAGGGACAGACUGGUUGAACAUCAGAAUGAAUAUUUAUACCCACAGUUGCAUUGCACUACUAGCAUUUUAGACAGACCAAAUGUGAUUUACUCGUGGUCCCACCAGAGGGCAUCAGAAGCCUCUACAAAGAUCAAUGAAAAAUAAAGUUGUUAAUGAGUGGAAUACCUUUGAAAUUCAGUGAUAGAAUAUAGAUCUGUGAUUUGAGAAUAUAUUUUUGAAAAUUCAACACAUCGAAAUUUUAACAAAAGUGAAAGCAUUUAGACAAAAUAACAUAGGAAAGGUAAAUAGGGUUUGGAGAAAGAAAGAAAAAACUUUUAAUAAGAAUUGGUUCUGCUUACUUAAUUGGUUCUCAAAUCACUGUUUUAGAUGGAAAUAGAUUCUGAAAGCAUCUUAGGACCCCUAAAUUACCAUUAUGGGUUUUUAGUUGCCAAGCUAUUAAGAGCUGGGAAUAAAUUUAGUUGUAAGAGUCACCAUUUCCUUCUGAUCUUUAUAACAUCACUGCAUUAUCUGUAAGCUGCAUGGAAAGCAAUAACAGUGUUAAGUAAUUGGAAUAUUGUUCUAAUUUCUUCAACUGCUCUUGCACUGAUUAAAACCGAAGGCCAUUUAAGAGAUGUAAUUGUGGUUGCUGUAAUAAGGAUUUACUGUAAUCAGAGUGGUUGUAGGCAGAAGGGUGUUAUGGCCUCUGUGAAACAUCAUAGUUGGUUUUUGACUGAAGUCUGUUUUAUUGACCCCUGUGUUGCUUGAUUAAACCUUAAUGUCGAUAAGUUAUGGGGUCAGCCCUGUUGCCAUUUCUCGAUGCUCUACCCUGUUCUUAGCUUUCAAUAAAAUAGCAGUGCAGUGACUACUGCCUGCUUAACAUGGA